AUGCAGACGCGCGUCGUGACCCACGCGACGCACCGCGUCGUCGACGCGCGCGCGCGCGGUGGACGAAACUCGAUCGCGCCGAAGAUCUCACCCACGAUCUCCCGCGCGCUCGUCAAGACGCGCGCGGCGCCCAAGCUGCCCUUUGACCCUCGGGAGUACCGACGGGAGCUCGGGAAGAGCGAUCAGUACUCGAGGAAGUUCCUGAACGAUGAUGAGGCGGCGACGAAGAUGGCGAACGAUGGGAUCUCGUACAGCAAGAGCGGCUUGGUGGCGAAGAUGAAGGAUGAGGGGUUCGCGUACGUCAAGGAUGGAAUCACGUUUAAAUUGGCGGAUGCGUACGGGUUCUGCUGGGGCGUCGAACGUGCGGUGCAGAUGGCGUACGAGGCGCGGAAGCAGUUCCCGGAGAGUAAGCUGUGGAUCACGAACGAGAUCAUUCACAACCCGACGGUGAACGAACGCCUGAGCGACAUGGGAGUGAACUUUAUCGAGGAGAGCGAGAACGGGAAGGAUUUCUCGGGCGUGCAGAGCGGCGAGGUCGUUAUUCUGCCCGCGUUCGGGGCGAGCGUGCACGAGAUGAAGUUCUUGGCCGACAGAGGGGCGAACAUCGUGGACACGACGUGCCCGUGGGUGAGCAAGGUUUGGAACGCCGUGGACACGCACAAGCGCAAGGAGUUCACGUCAAUCAUUCACGGCAAGUACUCUCACGAGGAGACGGUCGCCACGGCGAGCUUCGCCACGACGUACUUGAUCGUGAAGGACAUGACGGAGGCAGAGUACGUUCGAGACUACAUCAUGAACGGCGGCGAUAAGGCUGAGUUCAUGGAGAAGUUUAAGAACGCCAUGAGUGAAGGGUUCGACCCGGACGAGGACCUCAACGGCGUCGGCAUUGCUAACCAAACCACGAUGCUCAAGGGCGAGACCGAGGCGAUCGGUAAGUUGUUCCAACAGACCAUGAUGGAGAAGUUUGGCGUUGAGAACGCCGACCAGCACUUCGUCGUCAUGGACACCAUCUGCGACGCGACACAGGAGCGCCAGGACGCCAUGUACAAGCUCGUCGACGACAAGCCGGACAUCAUGCUCGUCGUCGGUGGCUUCAACUCCUCCAACACCUCUCACCUUCAAGAGAUCGCCGAGGAUAAGUCCAUUCCGAGCUACUGGGUCGACACCGCCGAGCGCCUCGACCCGUCGAAGAACUCAAUCACCCACAAGCUAGCCCACGGCGAGCUCGUCACCACGGACGCCUGGCUCCCGGCCUCCGACGUCGUCAUCGGCAUCACCAGCGGUGCCAGUACCCCGGACAAGGUGGUUGAAGACGUCAUCGACGUCGUGUUCGCCACGAAGACCGCGCUCAAGUCCGCCGUCUCUCGUUAA